AUGAUCAUUCGCCGUGAGAGCACACGCACAACAUUAGCACCACACAGCAGCAAGCAAAACAUCCGCAUCCGACCUCACGCCGUCAAAGCUUGCGCACAGCAUGCUGUAGAACGAGAUUCGCCAGAAAGUAGCGCUCCACGGACAGAACCGGCAGAUGGUCGGAAUGUCAAGAAUGACGCUUUCGGAAGCGUGAGUUUGGACCUCUCACGUCGCGAUUCCCGCUUUCGUGGCACUAGCGAUACGGAGGAGACGACCGCUCCGGCAGUGGUUAUUGCCAUUAAACACGCCAUCCACGGGGAGUUAGCAAGGCGCGGCAUUGCGAUCUGCGUCGCCAACGCAUCACCAGCAACAUCGAGCAGCCUGCGCGCAAGAGCACAGUAA